AUGUCGAAAAGGAAGCAUUUCACAAGUUGCUUUCCAGAUCAAACGAUGAACGGCGAGCUGCCAUUUCUGGGAGGCGUAGUAAUACUUUUGCGAUUGCUUUAUUUUGCUGUCGAUUCACAUCUACAGCGAUCAACCCAAACAUGGAACGCAGAAAAAAGACGAUUUUUUACCGUACGCGUGGUUUCUUUAACUCACGCUACAAUUUCCGGCAUAUGCACGUUAACUGGGUGCUAUAUAUAUCCAGAACUGUGGGCCGAUCCCUACGGUUUCAGCUGUCACUACGGACGUCUUGUAGCACUUUUCUCCAUGGGUCUAAUCCUAACUACCGGAGUCCUUUUGGGACUUGCGAUGAUUUGCUUGUUGGUUGAAGUCCAGACAGUGUUUAUCCACAUUCGAACAAUCUUAAGACUGUUUGGGAAAUACAGAAGCAACAGCCGCUUGUACCGAGUUGUAAUGCACUGCAACCUUGGCAGCCUCGUGCUUUUCCGUCACAUCCCGGCCACAUACCUCCUGUUCUACAUAUCCUUCUUAGAAAAACAAGCCCCAGCCGUCCUUCGACUAUUCCUAAUUUCUGCUCUUUUGUUCCUCGCAUACCAUAACUUCCACUUGCAGCAAUGCUUCCUCAAAAUGGACGGAUACUUCGGGAAUGCGAGUGAUGAAUAUGAGGACCAACUUAUUGAUCCUUUAGACAACACCCCUAUCGGAAACCUAUUAAUUAAGGAAGAAAGUUAUGACAAAUAA